AUGGCUAAGCACAAGCAUAAGCGGCCUCCUGCUGGAGCAAGGACACAAGCCUUUCGGUCUGGUCGACAGGCAACCACCAUUCUUUGCGAAACGGAUCCGUUAACGGUUUAUUCCGAUCCUCGUACACUGCCAGCAAAACUUCGGGCCCACAUAAAGCACAAGGACGACUUCACCAUAUCGAUCUCCAAAGUGUCACAUCCCACACUCGCCGACCGCUUCCACUCACUGCCAGGCGAGCUCCGAGCCCUAAUUUUCACCCUCUUACUGGUCCGACCAGCCAAAUGGAAUGUCAAGCAUCUCGCCGACUGCCCGAAGCGCACCUCAAACGUCAAUCUCAUUACCCAACGCCAAGCCGCCGAUGAGGACUACCACCACAAUCGAUGCGUGCACUGCAAAGGAGUACCCUACGGACUCCGACAUCAUUGGACGCUGAACCUCCCGCCUCAAUACAUCGCUCCAUGGCGAAGCCAUUGGGCCCCCAAACCUCGAAACCCGUAUAUAUGCAGCACGUGCUGGGAUAUCCGAUGGCGACAGUGCCCAGAUGCCACCAGACAGCACUUCCGCUGCUUCUGCGCUCGAAGACAAAAUCUAGAAGUCCUUCUAGUCUGCAAAAAAUGGUGGCGAGAAGCCGGCUACGUCUUCUAUACCCAGAACACGUUCUGUUUCGAAACUGCCGCGUUAAUCGAUGGCUUCUUCCGGCACCUUCGACUGGAGUGGCGUUUCCUCGUCGCCAGCAUCAGUCUGAUGGCACAGUAUGACUCGCAAACCAAGGUCUUUGUGGAAGCGAGUGUUUUCUACGAUUUGUGGCAGCUUUUUGGCGAUCUUACAUUGUAUGGGCUGAGGUUCAUCGAGCUAAAUGCUAUGUAUUUGACGCGCCUGGAGGUGGUGAGGAAGAUUAUGAAUAUGAAUUUGAAUCAUGGCAAUAUGGAGAUUCGAUUUGUGCUCCGGCGACCUGAGCGAUUGGUGGAUGUGGAGUGUGGCAAUGUGCACGUCUAUCCGGAGUUCGCUCGCGGUCUUUUGCUACGUGGCGGCUUCCCGGAUGAGAUCUCGAGGAUUGCCAGACGACAGCGAAGGCCUUGGCUCAAGGCUGGCGGCCGACGCUUUGGCAGGAACGCACUGAAGAAUGAAGGCAGGCGAUUUGGCAGACUCGUCGAGCAAACCAUUGUAGAUGACGAUGCUUGGUUGUACGACGAGUAUGACUGUAGUAGUGUGAGUCGUUGGGGGGAGUGGUAUUAUGCCAUUGGGUAUCAUACUGCUUGGUUACCUACGAGAUACACUUCUGGGAAACGGUCUUGGCAGGAUCUUGCGGGGAGGAUUGGGAUGCCUAUUUUAAUGGACGAGAAGGUCGAGAUGAUGUUUGGUGAGGGAAUUGAGGAUGUUUUCUUGGUGUAG